AUGGCCCCGAACAUCACGGAGAUCGAGUCAACUUCUCAUUUCGACGGUAUUGUCAGGAGUUUGCCGCCAAAUCAGCUUCUUGUCAUAGAUUUCCAUGCGGUUUGGUGCGGUCCAUGCCACGCUAUUGCCCCGGUGCUGGAACAGCUCUCGAACUCUUAUAAACACGUAAAAUUCGUUAAAAUAGAUGUGGAUCGACAAGCUCAACUCGCUCAGAGAUUCCAGGUCAGGGCCAUGCCUACCUUCAAGUUCUUGAGAGGAGGGCGAGAGGUAGAUGAGCUUCGUGGAGCUUCUCCUCCUCAACUAAACGCUCUCGUAUCUAAGCAUGCAGGUACACCGGCCGCCGCUACAAGCACACAAGCCUCUUCGUCCUCAUACACCGUGAAAUCAUCUGCUCCUAGUGAAAGUACGGGAUCCCUUCUCAAACACAUCGUUUCAAAUGGAUUAUCAUGUCUCAACGAAUCAUCUGAUCACCCGCUUUCAUCAAUCGUCGGACCCAACCCUGGACCGAAAGGGACAUCAUACCUUGAAUCAGAUGCAGAUGCGGAACUACUCAUCUCCAUCCCAUUCCAAGAUCAAGUAAAGCUCAAGUCCAUCUCUAUCUUCUCAGCCAUCAGUCCUUCUCAAGCUCCUAAAUCAAUCAAGCUAUUCAUCAAUACUCCCAAUAUCGAUUUCUCAGAUGCGGAAAGUCUAAAUCCAGCUCAGGAGAUCGAAUUGACGCCUGAACAGGUUAAAGGUGAAAAGGUGGAUUUGAGAUUCGUUAGAUUCCAGAAUGUUAGAAGUCUACAUAUUUUGGUUAAGGAUAAUCAGGAGGACGAGGAGACUACUAGGAUCGAUUCGAUUGAUAUCUUCGGGACGACCGGAGAUGCGAGUACCGAGAAAGCUCCUGCUGGGCAAGCUGCAGGCGGUGGAUCCAUGAUGGAUAGACUAAUGGGCAGAGCUUAG